UUAUUUUGUCGUUUGUAUUCCUGUGUUUCGCUUGGGGAGCGACUGCAAGGAAACGCACGCCCGAAUUGCGUUUUUUAACCUCUUUGUGGAAGAGAGUGAGCGACUUCUUGCUCCAGACUACGAGGUUUCUUCACCAAGCGCUGUACAAAUGUAGCAGCUAGAGAGCAGUAAUAUACAUCGUGUUGCAGUCAUAGUGAUUGUCUUUACAAGUAUGUAAGUGAGAUUGCAUUAUUUCUGACAAAGAGUUUGGAAGAAAAACCUUAUCCCGUGAAGACUGCAGGCAACUUGAUGGAGACCUCCACAAUGGGAAAAAGAAGCUCUCUUUGAGAGCUGCAUUGAUAAAUUGUUCUGCAUCUUCCUUCCGAGAGUUUGUUCGGUGGAGUCCACAUGGGGAAGCGCUACUUCUGUGAUUACUGUGACCGCUCGUUUCAGGACAACCUUCACAACAGGAAGAAGCACCUGAAUGGGGUGCAGCACCUGAGGGCCAAGAAGGUCUGGUAUGACUUAUUUCGAGAUGCUGCAGCUAUCCUGCAGGAGGAGCAGAGCAAGAAGCCCUGUCGGAAGUUCCUGCAAACAGGCCAAUGUGAUUUUGGCUCCAACUGCAGAUUCUCGCACAUGACUGAGGUGGAUUUGGAGAAACUGAGCGCACAGGUGCAAGAGGAGAGGCGAGUGAAAGAACAGCAACAAGAUGGGAUGGCAAGUCCCCCAGGUACCAUUGAGGACUGGCUGGAGAAGAGAGCCAAGCGGCUCCGGUCUGCUCAAACGAACAGUGCUGUCCCUGAGGAAGAGUCCAUUUUCCAAUAUCCGCCUGGUUGGCCACCAAUUCAGGAGCUUCCUCCUUCCCUUCAGGCUCCGCCUCCUGGUGGAUGGCUGGUCCCACCCAGUCUCCAGUGGGGAUGAGGCAUGGUACCAAGUUGGAUGGUCAUUGUCAAUAGCAAGCAUUGUACCUGAGGUCCCUGCCUCCAGCAGUCUGGAGGAAAUAAACGCUGUCCGUUAAUAUA